AUGGCCAAACAGCUCACCCCAACGAACAAGUCGCGACUCGACCCGGAACUCGGCGCUAUAUUGUCGACCCUGAAGAUGGGGGAAAAGCCAGGAAGCGAAGUAGACACACACCAGCUUCGAGCAUGGUUCGAAGGGCUCAUGGGCAACGUGAUGCGCAUACUUCCAUACCCCGAACACAUACACGAGACCAAGAUCCCGAUCCAGGCCCGCGAUGGCACGACCAUGACGCUGCACCGCUUCGCGACCCACGAAAUGGCAGAAUCGCCCACGCCCCAGCCCGCCGUUCUCCACGUCCACGGCGGCGGCAUGAUCAGCAGCAGCGUCUCCCUGUACGCCCCCGCCAUCGCCAACUACGUCGCUCGCGCUGGCGUCCCCUUUUUCUCCGUGGAGUACCGCCUGGCGCCCGAGCAUCCCGGCGACGGUCCCGUCACGGAUGUCUAUGCCGCGCUGGACUACAUCUCUGCGCACGCUGGCGAGUGGAACGUCGACCCGGCGCGGCUGGCUGUCAUGGGCGACUCGGCGGGUGGCGGGCUCGCUGCCGGGGCGGCCCUCUUGGCAAGAGACCGGAAAUUGACGCCGCCUCUCGCGAAGCAAAUCUUGAUCUAUCCCAUGCUCGACGAUCGGACGGGGUUUCGGGGCGACGGAGCGCUCGACCCGUACCACUUCUGGACCGCCGCGUACAAUCGCACGGCGUGGGAGGCGGUGCUCGGCGCGGGCAGGGCGGGGGCCGCCGAUGCGGAGGUCCCGAUCCACGUGGCGCCGGGACGAGCCCGCGACUUGUCGGGUCUACCGUCUACCUAUGUGGAAAUCGGAGGACUUGACCUCUUUGUCGGUGAGACGGCUGCCUUUGUUGAGCGGCUCGUGGCCGGGGACGUGGAUGUUGAGUUCCAUCUGCUGCCUGGACUCGUACACGGGUUCGACUGCUUCGGCUUGUUGAGCUGGGCGCAGAAGGCGAUGGAGGCCAAAGUGAGAGCCCUGAAGAGCUUCUAG